AUGGAAGGUCGACGUUCUAACGAUUAUUGCACCGAAAUGUCGGUGGAAACUCAAGGUGCAACAGAUGAGGUUAGCGCGACUCAGCAGGUUCAUCAUACUAACACGAAAGAUGUGCCCCCAGUUUCUGCGUUUCAUCUUCUUGAAAAACUGAAGGCCGUCAUAAACGAAGUGGUAUUAUCUUUAGAGAACCCUGCAAGUGCUCUCUCUGUAGAUGAUUGUAUCAGCGUUACAGAGGAAGGCCUACGAGCCCUCAAAACUGUCAAAGUGGAUCGACGGAUUGAGUGCCGAAGGCAGCUGAACCUGAACUCCACCCGUCUGAGCGGGCACUCUCCAACAAACCGUGCGGAAGAGGAGGGUGAUCACGGGGAGGGCGUAGAUGCUUUUGUGCCGGCGAAGAACCAGCAGCUGCACUCCCCUAAGAGCAAGAAGGUCUCCCCCAAGCGUAUGGAGAGUGAUCACCACCACCAUGAUGAGUUGGAGGCGGCACGACACGCCUCGGCCCUUCGCAGCGAAGAGCGGCAGCGAAAAGCGGAGGAGCGCCGGCUGGAGAAGUUGCAGGAGAUGCGGUCCAAGUUGGUGGCCGCGGGGGAGCGGAGUGUGUUGGCGAAGCAGCGCCGCACACAAGCAGAAGAGCGGUUGAGGAAUGAUGCGAUGGAGCGGCAGGAGAAUGGACUUCGUCGCGUAGAGGAGGCUCGAGAACAGACAAAGGAACGCGCCAGGAGAGGAUACUCACGUGUUGAAGAGGUUCGUUUAAGUUGUGAAUUACGACAGCAAACAAAAGCACUUCUGCUAGAUCGCAGGAUGUCUGAGGUGGAACAUAACUUGGAACAGAAGCGGGAAGAACUUCAACGAAUGGCGCAGGAACGAAAUGAGGCUAUGUUGGCUGCAGCUGAGCGACGACGCAACAUCAGUCAAGAACGUAUUGAACGACAACAGCAGCGAGAGCAGCAACGUCGUGAUAAUUUAAAACGUCUUGAGGAACAGAAAAAAAUAGAAAAGGAUAUGAAAGAGCAUAAAGCUGAGGAAUGGGAAAAGAAGGUUCAGCAACGACAGCGAGAUGUAUGCGCUGAGGCUGAAGCUCGAAGUCGAAAGGUUGAAGAACGUAUUCAACAAAGUGCACAAUUACGAGAAGAAAAACGGGAAAUGAUGAGACAAAAAUUAGGAAAACAGGAACAAAAAAUUAAAGAAGUUAGACAACGAAAAGAACGUGACACUGAUACGAAACCAACUAUUCAGGAUCUUAUGCCUGUAAUUCCACAACAAGAAGAAGAACAGCUAGCCCAAAAACUAGCAAAAGUGGUUGCUGUAACUGCGCGACAAGGAAAAACGUUUAUGGAAAACUAUCAAAAGGAAAGCACUGUGAGUGCUAAGGAUUUAAAUCGAAGUAAAUUAAGAUCUAUUAUUAGUCGUCUUGGAACCAAUACAUCACCCGCUUCUUUGGCCCAGUGUCGUCAGCCACUUCAUGACCUACUUGGUACAAUGGAUUUGGCAGAUAUUGAUCAUGAAUAUGUACGAUACUUCAAUGCUUAUGAAAGUUUUAUUCGUGUUAUGAUGGAUUCGCGCCGUGCUAAUGAUAUGGCUACUUUCCGUUUGGCAUACAACGCGUUACUGCGUUUUCUCUCAGAUAGUAAAGAAGGGAAACAACAUGUGUUAACAUAUGUAAGAUCUGGAAAUUUAGCACCUCUUUUAAUCUGUAUUCGAGAAGAAAUAAAAGGUUUAAAACGUCAAACUCAUUCAGCACCUCUUGCUGCCUCAUUGGGAAUCUUACAAUUAUGUUUUGAACGUAUUUCAAUUGAUGCUCAAACGAAUGCCAAACUUAUUCCUGUAAGAGAUCAACUGUUAGCAGAUUUUGAUGCUGCUAGCAUUGAAAAGUAUUGUAUUGCUGUAACUCAGGCUUCUACAGAAGAACAAGAUCUUGAAGUUGUUUACAGUGCAACUCGUCUCUUAUAUUCACAAGUAUGUAUUUUGAGUAGAAGGAAAGGUGAUUGCCCAACUACUUGGUUUAAACAAGUUACUUGUGCAUUCUUUACACUUCUUCAAAAUAUAUUAACCCCUGACGGUAGUCCUUUAACCGAAAUGAGUCCAUUGCUCAGUGCACGUCGAGUUAUUAUUAUUUUUAUUGUUUUUCGCGUUUUGAACUGUCUUGCGAGAUGGCAACUAGAAAUAUUACAGGAACUAAUGCAUGGAACUUCUAGUGAUAAGGGAUUGGGAGUUUUUGUGGAUCCAAAGGCUGAACCAUCAAAGACACCAGGUGUAAUUACACAAAUGGAGAUGUUUCAUGUACUCUGUGGAUUUUUUACCUAUGUACAAGCUCACACAGAUAUGCUUGAAAAUAUUCAAGGAGAGGUAAUUACAGGAGAUGGUGUUCGUGGUUCUUUUGAAGAAGCAUUAAAGUUUGGUAUUACAUUAUCACAAAUUCCACCACUUCCUGGACCUCAAAAUAUAAAUAGCCCCAAUUCUGGAACGCCCAUUACAUCAGCACGUCCACAAUACCAUUUGCGUGCUGCACUUCAUGAAUGCCUUCUUUUUAUUGGUUACCUUUGUAUACAAGAUAAACCAAUUCAAAGUAUGUUUUCCUGGGGUAAGGGUAAAUCUUUGUUUUCUAGAAUUUUAUCUGCUUUACCAUUCCAGUAUUUUAUUUCCGCUCGUCAUAUUUUAUUUCCCACUUUAUUGGCAAUUCUUGUGGAUUCCUCAGAUAAUUUGGCACUUGCGAAAAGAGAGAUGGAUAUUAAACCAUUACUGACAUUCAUAGAGGAGGAGUAUCAAGCACUCCCUAAAAGGGCGAAAAUCUACGCUUUACAGCGUCAUGCAGAACUUCAUCCCGUAGCUGUAAAAGAAAAGGUUUCUCAACCCGUACGUUGGGUUGAUCUUCUUGACGGAGAUGAUGAUGAUUUCUUUCUUAAUAAUAAACGUGAUGCACAGCCUACUGUGCGGGCACCAACUGUUCACCCUCUCGCAACUGUUGAAAAAGAGAGACUGUACAAAUUACUAAAAAAUCCCGGGAUAACUUCUUCGGGAUAUUUUAAGGUUGAACGACGUUUUCCUAUAGCUCUUUGGCCAUCUGUAAUGGAGCAGUUGACAGAAGCUGUAAAGGAAAGUAAUAAUGUUGAAUAG